GCGGUCGCGCGACCGGCGGUGAGCGUACGGGUGUCGGGGUCGCGCUGUGUCGGGUCUCGGGGUGCAGGCGGACGGGAGGCCGCCCCGGAGCGAUGGCGCUACGCGAGUUCGAGCGACACCUAGACUCACUGAGCUCGGAGCUGGGCAGCGAGGCGGGUCGGGCGGCGGGACCGGCGGGCGGUUCGACUGGGGAGGCCGAGGAGCUGCAUUACAUCCCUGUGCGGGUACUGGGCCGCGGCGCCUUCGGCGAGGCCACGCUGUACCGGCGGACCGAGGAUGACUCGCUGGUGGUGUGGAAGGAGAUUGACCUGGCGAGGCUGUCGGAGCGAGAGCGGCAGGACACACAGAACGAGAUCCUGAUCCUGUCCGUGCUGCAGCACCAUAACAUCAUCGCCUACUACAACCACUUCCUAGACAACAGCCGGCUGCUCAUCGAGGUCGAGUACUGCAAUGGAGGGAACCUGUAUGACAAAAUCCUGCAGCAGGGAGACAAGCUCUUCCCCGAGGAGACAGUGGUGUGGUAUCUAUACCAGAUCGUCUCUGCGGUCGCACACAUCCACAGCUAUGGCAUCCUGCACCGAGACAUUAAGACACUGAACAUCUUCCUCACCAAGUCCGACCUGAUCAAGCUUGGCGACUAUGGACUGGCCAAGCGGCUCAACUCUCCUCACUCCAUGGCUGAAACGUGUGUCGGUACUCCCUACUACAUGUCCCCAGAGCUGUGCCAGGGGGAGCGCUACAACUUCAAGUCGGACAUCUGGGCAGUGGGCUGUGUGCUCUGCGAGCUGCUCACCCUCAAACGCACCUUCGAUGCCACCAACCCACUGAACCUGUGUGUGAAGAUUGUGAAGGGGACACGUACGAUGGAGGUGGACGCCAGUGUGUACAGCGAGGAUGCCCGUUCCAUUGUACUGGAGUGUUUGGAUACGGACCCCGACAAGAGGCCAACGGCUGAGGAGAUCCUGAGCCGACCUGUCAUCAGCACCCGGAGAACGCUGAUGGAGGACAGAGUCACUCAGCUCAAUGCUCCUGCCCGGAAAACAAGACUGAAUGCCCCUGCCGACCCAUCCAUUGCUGUGGUGACCAGCCGGUUCAGUGACGUGUAUUUCUGGGGAGGGGGCAAGGCCACCCCCCAGAAGCUAGACCUGUUCAAGAGUGGCCGCAGUGCCCAGCAAGUCUGUGCCAGCAACACCCACUUCGCCGUAGUGUCUGUCGAGAAGGAGCUGUACACCUGGGCGAAUGUGCAGGGGGGCAGGAAGAUGGUGGGUCAGCUGGGCCAUGGGGACCGAGCCUCCUACCGCCAGCCUAAGUGGGUGGAGAAGCUACAAGGAAAGGCCAUCCACCAGGCAGCCUGUGGUGACGAAUUCACUGUCUGUAUCACCGAUGAGGGACACCUGUAUGCCUUUGGUUCCGAUUACUACGGCUGCAUUGGGUGUGAUGGUCAGUAUGGUCAGGAGGUGCUGGAGCCAGUGCUGGUGGAGUUCUCCCUCGAUCAUGCCGUUCAGCAGGUAUCCUGCGGCGAUAAUCACGUGGUGGCACUGACACGGAACAAAGAGGUCUUCGCCUGGGGCUGUGGUGAGCAUGGGCGCCUCGGGCUGGAUUCAGAGGAGGAUUACCCGUACCCAGAAAGGGUGGACGUGCCAGUGAGCCUGAGUGUGGUGUCGGUGCAGUGUGGGUCUGAUGGCACUUUCUUCGUCACCCAGAGUGGGAAGGUGCUGGCCUGUGGCAACAACGAGUACAACAAGCUCGGCCUCAACCACUACAUGAGAGGUCUCAGGACCCAGCACAGCAAGCCUGACCAGGAGGUGCCCUACAUGACAACACUGACCUUAUCCAAGCAGCUGGCCAUCUACAGGGUGAAGACCAUCGCUGCAGGCAAGACCCACACCGCAGCCAUUGACGAACGAGGGCGCCUGUUGACGUUCGGCUGUAACAAGUACGGGCAGCUGGGUGUAGGAGACUACAGGAAACGAGAUGGCAUCAACGUUCUGGUGGGGGCCCUUGGAGGGAAGCAGGUGACCAGAGUGUCGUGUGGAGACGGGUUCACCAUCGCAUCCACUGAUGAUAACCAGAUCUUCGCCUGGGGUAACGGAGGGAAUGGUCGGCUUGGAAUGACAGUCAACGAAAAAGGGUUCGGCUCAGAGAUCUGCACCUCAUGGCCGCGGCCCAUCUUCGGUUCACUGCACAACGUAUCAGACUUGUCCUGUAGGGGCUGGCAUACCAUCCUCAUAGCUGAAAUCGUGUUUGUGUCCAAAACCAUUCGCUCCAACAGCAGUGGGCUCUCCAUUGGAGCUGUUACACAGGGCUCUCUGCCAGAGGAUGACACCGUCUCUGAGUGUGAGCGGCAAAACCGGAUGAAACGAACGGCUGAGGACAGACGAGGCGUCGGCCUCUUCAACCGGCUCACCACCUCCAGCCAGCUGACCGACACCUCCUGCCCCCAGUGGCUACUACAGGAACUGGAGAAUGCCGAGUUCAUCCCAAUUCCAGAGAGCCCAGCUGAAGCACCUAGGCAGCCAUCCAGAUCAGAGGCGGACACCCUUCCUUAUGGGCAGCUGAGGGCGAUGAAGGACAAGGAGGGUCAGCUGCUAGAGACAGAUGUUUACUCUUCAACCCAGCAUCUCUCGGAACUGGAGAACACCGAGUUCAUCGCAGUCCCAGAGAGCCCAGUGGAAGCAGCUAAGCCGCCAUCUCGAUCGAAAGCAGAAACCCUUCCCUAUGGGCAGCCAAGGGCAAUGGAGGAGAGGGGUCAGGCAGCGGGCUCGGCUGAUGUGCCAGCAGUGGUGAAUGGAGCAAACUCAGGGGACGGUUCCACAUUUCCCGGGCAACGGUGUGUGUGUAGUGAAGUACAGGCAGAGCUUGGACAGCUGGAGCAACGACUGACAGAGUGCCUCAGGCGGCAGCAGGCAUUGGAAGAGGAGAACCGGCACUCUGGGGCCGAGAUCCACCGCCUGAGCGAGGUGCUGGAGUUACUUUCCCGGGUAAAUAUGGAACAGAGGCUGAAGGUUAAUGAGGAGACGGUGAAUCGUUUGGAACAGCAGGUGCAGAGUCAGGAGGAGGAGAAUCGUCGGCUGUGGGCUGCUGUGCGUGCCCUGGGAGAGCAACGAACGGGUAGCAGUGGGGAGAGGGUGACAGAGGCUGAAGCAGGACCUUCCCAGCCCCCCAGUCCUGCCUCACCCCCAGGCUCCGGCUCCUUCUGCCACAUCGAGUAGUGUGGGCUAUCUGCCUGCCCUUACUUCCUCUGCCUCCAUCCAAGCUGACACAGGACACUUCCCUGAGUGUGUCAGUGUCAUGCAGCCUUCUGUGUGGCUCCCUCUCUCUCACACAUACACACACACAUACACACACUCACUCUCACGCACUCUCUCGCUCGCACACACACUCACUCACACUCUCCCGCUUGCACACACUCAUUCGCUUGCACUCUCGCUCGCACACUCGCAUACCCUUUCACUCACCCUCUCACUCUCACAUUCUCUCUCUCUCUCUCUCACACACACACAGACACACACUCUCUCUCUCACAUACACUCACACUCACACACACACUCUCUCUCGCUCUUUCUCACACACACACACACACACUCUCACAUACACUCACACUCUCUCUCUCACACACACACAAACUCUCUCUCUCUCUCUCUCACACACACACACACAUAUACAUCCACCCCGCAGGAAAGAGCCCGGGAUUAUGAGAAAACCCAUACUACAGCAGGCUGCCACUGGCCAUUGAAAUGUUUAGCACCCAGGGGUGAGGCAGUGUGAUGGUGUGUUAUGUAUGCGGGUGUCGACGCUGACUGGGAAUGGUGUUGGAACAUUUACCUGUUCACUCCUCACGCUGUACAUGGUGAGUUUGCUUCAGUGUAUAUCUUUCCCAGAGGUGAUCCAAGCCCACUAUUUGUAGAUUACGGCUUGGGUCACUUUUAAGUUCGGUGCCUUAAAGUAGUUCAGAUCCACCCCGCGCUCAGCGCACUCCUGUGCCUUAGAACCGAACACCCUCAGUGAGUUUACAGUGUUGAGCAGCGCUUUGCACAGAUGCCUGGGUUCGGCAGGAGAAGGGUUGGGGCUUCUCCCUGCUUCACCCCCUCUUCCCCAGCGCUGUGGGAAAAAGCAGCUAGUCGAUGGAGCAGAGUGAUGGAGCAAAGGUGCAAGGAAGCCACAAAUCUUCAGGCACCUUGCUAGCUGUGUGUGGGAUCUCAUGAACUUAUGCCAUCUCCGCUGCCAGUGCACCUGGUGUUCCUGUGUCUGGCUCAGGGCCCCAGGGAGGGUCAGUGUGACCAGGAACAGCCCAGUGAUCAGUAUGAGGCAUGCUGCUCCCUCCUGUUCCAUCAAUCCCUAUGCUCUUUUUCCCACUUCACUGCGUGUCCUGGGAAUAUUCCCGGCUGCUGACUCAUGGGGGCCAGGAAUGUUUGGAGCUGCCUCCCUCCCCUCCGUUCCCGGGUUCACAUACACUCCACAGCCCGGUGAGCUGAGACCUCAGACGCUAAAAGUUUGAACACUAAUUUUUUUUUAUGCUCAUUGUUACUUUGAGAAAGGGUGUAAUCAGAAUUAAACAGUUUGAAAUCUGCCAUACUCCACCAAGCUUGUGUGACUCG